AUGGCAGGAUCCAUCAUUUUCGCAACACGCGCCACGAGACGAAAUGCGAACAAGGCCCAACAAAUUGUCUUGGCGGCCGCGGUGUUCGAUAAGUCGGGGAGGAUAUUAGUGAGUCCAGACGGCUCGCUGCCCAGCGAGAAGAUUACAGACACUUAUGUGGAAAAGAAUCAAGGCGACACAUUCGGUAUUUCUCAUCCCCUUUUCCAUUGGAUGUUCCAGGUCUCUCGAAAUUGGAAUAGCGUAGUCGGUAUGGUUGAUGGCAUGGUUAAACACCUGGCGCGUUUGCCCAAGGAUACCCGCGAUACCAAUAUCCGUCUCGUUGACGAUGAGGGCAAACUAAUCGAGAAUUAUGAUACCAUAUUUCGUGAAUUAUUCUGCGUCGCAGCCGUGAAUCUAUCAGACAAGUUAAAAGAGAAGCUCGUUGACAUGGGUAUCUUAUGGGAUGAAAUUCUAGCCACCGGGAUUGACGAGCUACCUCAUAAACUCAACUACAGCCUUGCCAACCUGCUAGAAAAAGGCGGCUAUGGCGGAUAUAGUAGGGCACAUAGCCUCCGGGUCAGGCUACACCAGGAUUACGGAUGUGGCUCAUUGAUGUUUUUGGUCCGCCAUCUCGAGCAUUCUCAUGAAGCAGAUCGACUGGAGGCCGCUGGCUUCCGGUUUGCAGAGCCUCAUCAGGCGUGUGGAAUUAUCGGAUCUCGUAUGAAGAUAAAGAGCAGGGACCUCAAGGGGAAGCUAAGAAGCAUGGCGAUAUUGGCCGAAGGGAGCGCUAUGUUGGACCGUGGCGUACAUAUUGGCUUCUUCGGCAUCAAGGCUCGCGUAGGAAGUUUUGGUUUCGACAUCGUGGUUAAAAAGGGCGCUCGGAACUUGCUCCCUACUAUGCCAGUGCCUCUUGAACGUUUAGAAUCAUGGCAGAUGGAUGUUAUUCGUCGGCUUGACAGAAUGAAUGUUCCUGCUUUGUUCCAAAAUCUUAACGCGUUGAGGAGGCUCUCUCCUCGAGAGGUACUGUUUGCUUCGCAGCUGUCUGACGCUCUCCAAUCUCUUCGCGCUUGGGUAGAUGACCCCGUUUUCGACGAAGCCGUAUUAACUUCUAGGGUGGUCCAAGUACCUUGCAGAGCUCGAGCUGGGUUAAGCUCAGAGUCUUGCACGAUGAUUGCUCUGUGCAUUAUGAUGCCGAUUCACGCCAGCGCCAGUAACCCCAGGUGCGAAUUCAUACCUUUAAAUUUCUUCAAGAUUCAUCAGAUGGCAUAUAAGAAUUCACCUCAUCUCGCUGCAUUUACACGGUACGUGCAUCGGGAACUAUCCCCGACCGUAAAUGCAGUGUCGAUCAAUAAGCCACUUGCAACAUAUCAACGAGCCGGGCGAGCCAUAUUCUGGCGGAACCGCUUGGGUUCAUUGCGUCGUUUUAGACGGUCGAAAACCAAUGACUAUGCUAUGAUUGAAGAUGGCUGCUCAACACCGACGGAAUUGAUGCGAAUAUUUUCUAAUUUUAAAUCAGAUGUUUGCAAUUCUCCGGUGAAGCGAUUCAAUCAGGAUUUCCCCGAUCGUCACAAGUCGUGGAAUGAUACGAUAUCUGACAAAGCGGUGGUGCAGCAAUCCUCCUCUUUCGGAGGCAUCAUGGUGUCACAGGAGAUCCAGGUAGAUAUAAUACAGAUCGACGAUGUUAGUGGUGGCGGUGCGUUUGCUCCGUCGAAAUCCCCCAUCAGCGCGGACAACGUGACGGUGGUCAAAGCUGGAGCAGGCUUUGGCUUUAGGACGUCUCUAUCUGGAGAGCGCGAGAAAGUCAACGAAGUGAUUACAUUUGUCGACGAGCUAUUCAUUAUUUGUAUUGAUAGACUUUAA